CACUUCCCAGGGCUGAGGCCCGGCGGCCCCGCGACUACCUCACGACAGGGCUGAGGCACCCUUCUCACCCCACCCCACCCUCAACAGCUCCCCCGUCCCACAGGAAGAGAAGCCGCCUCUCCCCGACCCUGGGGAUCCGUAGCCCGUUCUGACACACACCCUGUCCUGGGAUUCAGUCCAGGGCGGUGUGCCGAGGCCCCGGUUUCUGUCACUCCAGCAGGGCCUGGGCCGAGCCGUUCGGCCAUCCCUGACGGGGACCGGGAACACAUACAACCCCCUUUACCUGUGGCAGCCCCUUUACUCUUCUUCUUCUUCCGUCUUUUUUUCUUGGCUGCUUCCUCAGCCGUAGAGGCAGCUCCCUCUUCUCUGUCGUCCGGAUCCAGGUCGCCAUUCAGGUGGCUCCCGGAGGACGCUGCCUCCUCCACGCCCGCCAUGUUGCCCGAGAGAGCGCGCGCGCGAGUGAGACCGAGCGACGAGGGCCCGCUCCUUCUUCACCCACCUACACCAGCGACACCGGAAGCCGCUCUCGAUGGGAGGGGCGCAGGGAAUGCUGGGAUGUCGGAGGACUCUAGCGCGCGGAUCGCGCGCGAAAGGGCGCUGGGGUCCUCUCGGGUGGAGCGCAGCGCUGUGCGGUGGAUGCUGCCCCGAGCUCCUCUUUCGGCCCGCGCGUUGGGCGUUCCCUGGGCAAAUGUGCCCCGCGUUGGGGCAAGUUGAGAGACUGUUCUUGCCCUGUGGACAGGCCCAGCCCCGUGGAGAGAGGGGGGCGUCUCUGCUGAAACCAAAAAGUUCUGUUCGUGGUAUCGGGAAGCGUCCCGGAAGCGAGGAGAGGGCUCCCAAAUGUGUUCGCUUGUACACACUCCUUUUUUAUGACUCAAAAGGAUUGCGUUUGUUUUUUCCUUAGAGCUCGCGGCGAGGCUGACCGGGCCCUUAAGGAGAUGAACCUGCAAAGGAGCCUCGAAGAGGCAGGAAGAGAUGGACGGGUUUAUCGUUAGAGAAGGCGAGGGGAGCGGAUUAACUGCAGAGAGCUGCGGGGGGCGGGGGGCGGGGGUCGAGUCGGAUGACUGAAAAACGUCCGUUGUUGGCUUUAGCGAAGCUACUCAGGUAGAGAUGGACGCCGGACUCCAGAGAGUUGAGGAAGGAGAAAGAGAGAGAGAGUUAGAGAACACAAGCAAAGGAAAUGGCAGAGGGAGAGGCAGAAGUAGGCCCCCCAGCCCAAUAUGGGGCUCAAUCCCAGGAUCCUGUGAUCAUGACCUGAGCUGAAGGCAGAUACUUGACCCGCUGAGCCACCCAGGCUCAUCCCUUCUUUCCUGAAAAGAAGCAAGAAGAUAAAACUUUAAGGUCUCAUGGCAGAAUGGAAGCCUUUACUGAAGCUAAAUCUUUGGACAUUGGGCCAACCUAUUUCUUUGAUCAGUGAAACCAAAAAGGAAAACAUGGAAAAAGAGAGAACAUGAAGACCAUUUCCUCCAUUUGAGAUACACCUCAGGAGCUAAUUAUAAGAAAAAAAGCACAAAAUUCAAAAGGAUAAACCAGAAACAUGGGAAAACCAAUGGAAUUGUUUUAAAGUACUUCUCUUUAAUCACUUUUGUAUCCAGCUUUCUUUGAUCUGUGGAACUUAUUAUUUUACAGAUAUUUUAAUAUACCUUAUGAUUGGGUAGGAUGCCAAGAUGGUAUAUGCUUUUGGCAAGAUGCUUUGGCUGUGUGGUGAUUGAGGAUACCUGGCACUGUUUCCUGCAUAGGCUCUUACAUCACAAAGAAUAUAUAAAUAUAUUCAUAAAGUUCAUCCAUGAGUUUCAGGCUCCAUUUAGAAUGGAAGCUGAAUAUGCACAUCCUCUGAUUCUUGGAACUGGAUUUUUCAUUGGAAUCAUGCUUUUAUGUGAUCAUGUCAUUCUCCUUUGGGCAUGGGUGACUAUUCGUUUGAUAGAAACUAUUGAUGUCCAUAGUGGCUAUGACAUUCCCUUGAGCCCUUUAAAUAUGAUCCCUUUCAAUGCUGGUUCUUGGCACCAUGAUUUCUACCACAUGAACUUCAUCGGAAACUAUUCUUCCACAUUUACAUGGUGGGAUAGAAUUUUCGGAACAGACUCUCAGUUUACUGUCUUUAAUGAAAAGAUGAAGAAGAUUGAGAAAAAGAUGCAAUAAAUAUCUCAUCUCAACUAUCCUGAAAGCACACACCUUUCCUGAAUUAAAGCGAGUAGCUAACAUUGCUUCUGUGGAGCAGAAAUAGACAUGUGUCUUAGCUGCUAAGUGAUACAAAGAACAUUAACAACCUUUAAUUAUCUUCCUAGUGGGAACUUUUUCUACUUUACAUAGAAGUUCUGUAUGUGUAGAAAUAAGUAAAUAUAUAACGAAGUAUGAUUUUCGUGAGGAGGUUGUAAAGGCCAUGUUGCUAACCUUACAGAAAGGUUUUAAGUAAUGGAAGAAGUAUCAGUCUGUGUCUUUCCCCCGGUAACACCAGAGGCCUGAAGCUAAGAUUGGUCUUUAAAAUCUUGUAAGUAUAUAGUGGCCAUUUUAGUGUCUCUCUCUUUUUUUUUUUUUUUUUUUUUUUUAGAUUUUAUUAUUUAUUUAUUCAUGAGAGACAGAGAGAGCGAGCGAGGGAGGCACAGAC